AUGGGUUGUGGGGAGGGUUGGUGGGGGAGGGUAAGUGGGUGGGUUGAGGGGUAUGUUGAGUGGGGUGGUGGUGGGGUGGUAUGGGGGGUGGGUGGGGUGAUGGGGGUGGGUGUGGUAGUAAGGGGGGUUGUGGGGUGUGGUUGGGUGGUUGGUGGGAGUGGUGGGUGGGGUGGAUUGGGGGAUGGGUGGUGGGGGUGGUGGUGGUUGGUGUUGGAUGGGUUUGGGUGUGGGUUGGUGUGUUGGGGGUGUGGUGUGUGGGGUGGGGUGGGUUGUGUGGGUGGGUGGGGGGGUGGUUGUGGUGGGUGGGGGUGGGUGUGGGAGAUGUGGGGGGUGGGUGGUGGGGGGGGGUUGGGGGGGGGGGUGGGGUGGAUGGUGGUUAGAUGGGGUGGGGUGGGUAGUGGUGGUGGGGGGUAUGGGGGGGUGGUGGGGGGUGUUAUGUUUGGGGGUUGGUGGGGUGGUAUUGUGGGGGGUGGGUGGAUGGGGGUGUGGGGUAGAGAUGGUGGGGGUGAUAGUGGGGUGAGGAUGGUGGGGUGGGUGAAUGGGGGGUGGAGGGGUGAAGGAUGGGGGUGGGUGGGGUAA